AUGGCUACAAACGGUGUGCAAGGUGAGUCCAAGGGCUCUGUUGAACUCUGGAGACAUCCUCGUCCCGAGACGACAGAAUUUUACGCUUUCCAGCAGCACGUCGCAAACAAGUUCGGCGUCUCUACCGCCUCUUACCAUGACAUUUGGCAAUGGAGCGUCGACCACCCCAGUGCUUUCUGGGAAGAGCUCUGGCACUAUACCGGUAUAAUAGCAAACAAGCAGUAUGAUUCUGUUCUGGAUGAAUCGGCUCCAAUGUUCCCCAAGCCCACCUUCUUCCCCGGCUGCGAAUUGAAUUUCGCUGAGAACCUCCUGUUCCCUCACUCGAAUCCCCCCGAGGAUGCUCUUGCUAUUAUUGCAGCCACUGAGAACACUCGCGAGCAGGUGACGUGGUCAGAGCUGCGAGAGCGGGUUCGGAAAUGCGCUGCGGCAAUGGAAAGACACGGGCUCAAGAAAGGGGACAGAGUCGCGGGUUAUCUGGCCAACCACUCGAACUCAGUGGUUGCUAUGCUGGCGGCGACCUCUCUGGGUGCAAUAUGGUCGGGUGUCAGUCCUGAUACGGGCGUACACGCCGUUCUCGACAGACUUCGUCAAAUUGAACCUGUAAUCCUAUUUGCCGACAAUGCGGUCACAUACAAUGGGAAGGUCCAUGAGACCCAUGCCAAAGUAUCGCAAGUUAUCUCAGAGUUACCUUCAGUCAAGAACCUUGUCAUUUUCGAAAGCAUCCCUGGCCACCAUUUUGACAUCUCAUCUAUAAACGGACACCCACGCAAAGUCGUGGAGACAUAUUCUUCCUUUCUGGCCAAGGGCGACGUAUCAAGACCGCUCCGCUUUACGUAUCUUUCGCCAGACCAUCCUGUCUACAUCCUGUACUCUUCCGGCACCACUGGCGUCCCCAAGCCUAUUGUGCACGCUUCGCUCGGGACUCUCCUGCAACACAAGAAAGAACACCAGAUCCACUGUGAUGUCAAACCUCUGGAGAAAGUAUUCUACUUUUCUACCGUGACAUGGAUGAUGUGGCACUGGCUUGUGUCGGGCUUGGCUAGUGGAGCGACCAUCGUGCUGUACGAUGGCUCUCCAUUCCACCCGCACAAAGAGAUGAGCAUGCCGCUUUUGAUCGAUGAGCUUGAGAUCAACCACUUCGGCACAUCCGCUAAGUACCUGUCCAUCUUGGAACAGUCCCAGACACUACCCAGGGAGGCAUCUCCCCAGAGAGCCACUCUCGACUCUCUGAAAUCUAUCUUCUCUACUGGCUCGCCUCUAGCGCCUAGUACUUUCGAAUACGUCUACAAAAGCCUGUCCCCUCCAGCCCCUCACCCAGGAAUACUUCUUGGGUCUAUUACAGGAGGGACGGACAUCAUCUCCCUGUUCGGCGCUCCUUGUCCGAUAUUGCCCGUCCACUCUGGUGAGAUCCAAUGCCGCGGCCUCGGUAUGGCGAUCAAGGCCUUCUCGGCAGAUGGCCAAGAUAUAACUUCGACCGGUCAACCAGGAGAGCUUGUCUGCACUGUUCCGUUCCCUUGUCAGCCGUGCAUGUUCUGGCCGCCUGGUCCAAGUGGCGAAAAGCGAUACAAGUCGUCGUAUUUUGAAGUUUUCACUGAUCCCAAAACAGGCCAUCCGAUCUGGCACCACGGCGAUUUUGUACGCUUCAACCCUUCGACAGGUGGCAUUUGGAUGCUAGGCAGAUCCGACGGCGUACUCAACCCAAUGGGUGUCCGUUUCGGCUCUAGUGAAAUCUACAACAUCCUCCUCAAGCAUUUCAGCGCAGACGUCGAAGAUGCGCUCUGCAUCGGGCGAAAGCGCGAGCAAGACCCCGAUGAAGUUGUCGUUUUGUUCCUCAAGAUGGCGCAAGGCCAGACCUUUUCGAAUGAGUUGGUGCACAAGAUCCAGACAGUAGUGAGAAAGGAACUGAGUGCGCGUCAUGUUCCCAAGAUCGUGGACGAGUGCCCCGAGAUCCCUGUCACGACGAACGGCAAGAAAGUCGAAGGCGCGGUCAAGCAAAUUCUAUGUGGCGUGAACAUCAAAACAAGUGCAAGCGUAGCCAACAGUGGCUGUUUGGAUUGGUACCGGGAAUGGGCGAAAACGCAUUAG